AUGAAUCACUUUAAAGCGUAUUUGGCUGCGACAACUAAAGAAAAAUCGUGUAUCUUGGAUAUAUUUUUUUUUUGCCUUCGAGUUUGCAAAGCAACCACAACAGAUUCGAAAGUAAAAACUUUUUCUUGUACGAAAUGGGUAGAAAAAAAUGCCUUUCUGACUCGUGCGCUCUCACCUAUACAAAUGACACUAACAAAUAUGGUGAAGAAGAAAUUGGUUGACUGUGCGGAAAAUGUGGGUAUGAGAUUAAUAAGCGUAACAUGUGAGAUCGUCGACGACGCUAUUGAACUUGACAUUCACUUCACUAUGAAUCGAAGAGAAGAGAUGGAGGAAGAAAAGGCAGCUAAUCAAUUGACAGAAAAGAGUAGUGGAACGAUUAAGAAAAGAGUGCAACUAGCUUCAAUUUAA